AAUGGAGGAUGUGGACGCCGGGGACGCUCUCGACGCGCUGCUCUUUCGGCUCGUCGAUAACCAGCUCCACGAUCUGAGCAAGAAGCAGUACCCGGAUUAUGGAGCGCAGCUCGUCGCCAAACAGUUAGAAGCCGUGGCAUGGCUCUACUACUUCUACUUACACAAGUCAUUCCCAGAGCUCGAGUACUACGAUCCUCUGGAGUUUUGCCGCAAGACAGUGUUUUUUCGUCUUGGACUGGCUCAUUACGUGAAGCCUGGACGAGAAACGGACCUAGCAGAAGCGAGAGUCCAGGCAGCUUUCUCUGCCGCUGAAGGUGCCGCAACCGGUGAUACCAUUACCAGAGUUGCGGUUCUCCUUCUAAGCAAGGACAGGAAGAGUUGCUUGCUUGUGAAGAGCUUGAUCACUGCUGGUCUGUGGUCCUUUGUGGAAAAGGAAGUAGCGGACAAUGGUGAUCCUCUCGACUGUGCGUAUUCGGCAGUUCGGGAAAAUGUGGAGAUUGAGCCAGGUUGUGUACAACUUGAGCAACGUUUCCACCAUUUCCGUGCCAUGAGUCAGAAAGGGGACAACACUCGUCUGUAUAUCAUGGUCUGCGAGGACCAUGUCCAGCCUAAGUUGGGCAGCGGGAUCGAAGAUUUCGAAUGGAUGCCGCUGGAGAGUCUCUUCCUAAAGGCGAAGGGCGAUUUUAUAUCAUCAUAUGGAUGGGAAGUACGUGCAUCUCAAGCUGUAGACUACCUUCAUAUUUAUCCUUUGGUUGACUACCUUCAGGAUUUUCUCAGAAAUCACAAUGAGAAAGGCAAGCACAACAAUGGGACAUGUCAAAUUGAACCCACAGUUCGUGCUGCUGUCGAGGCGAACAACCUGAAUAAUGAUCUAGGUGUUGCUGUCGAGGUGAGAACACAGAACUGUACAGAAGUAAACGUCAAGAUAACGGGAGCGAACGUCAUUUCAUCCUGUAGCGGGAAAAAACGAGGACACGAAGAGGAAAAGCUCGCUGUUGCAACUCUGGUUGUACCAGAUAGUGAUGACGAUGAGAACCAUGAAUGGUCUGCGAAGAAAUCAUGCACUGACAGCCAAGUUACACAGAACUCACUGCUCCAGCUUUCAAGCAGUAGUCCGAAUCCCAGGAACGAACAACCAAUUAGCGGAUUGAAAAAAACUUCUCCUGCUAGCAAGCCAUCUAAAGGCGACGGUGGAAAGCAAGGACUUGCACAAACUGAGGCUCCCCUGGAUGAUAAGGAAGGCAUCCAAGCCAGCCAAAACGAGUCGUCUAAUGGAGGCGCCACACUGACUUAUAAGAGCUACUCUCACGAAGAAACUCUCGAGCAGCUCCAGGCAAAACAUCUCGGCCUACUGCUGGAACUGAAAAACUUGACAGUUAACUACGAACUCCAAGUUAGCACUCUUCUUGGCAAGAUCGCCGAGUCGAGUGCUCGCCUAGCGAAGGCCACAGGGAAAAAUCUCUGAGAUUGAGUGACAUGUAAUCGAGGCAAAUCAAUGGAAAUACGUGUUAAAGUUAAAA